AUGUCACGAUUUGCAAAACCGACCAUUCUUGGUCUAAAAACACUUGACAAAGUGCCUAGCUUUUCGUAUUUCGUUGGACAUCCAUCAGGAAAACGGAUAUUGUUUGACCUUGAAGUCCGCAAAGACUGGGACAAUCUUUCGCCUGUUGUCGCAGAUCGCAUGCGUGAGGCUGGCUGGACAGCCGAAGUGAAAAAGGAUGUCCCGGAAGAUUUUGAAGAAAACAAUAUUGUCCUUGAAGGCAUCAACAGCGUGGUUUUGAGUCACUGGCAUUGGGAUCAUGUUGGCGAUAUGUCGAAAUUCCCGCCUUCGACAUCAGUGAUAACAAGGCCAGGUUUCACUAAAACCUUUGUACUGGAUUUCUUUCGAAUUCUCGAAUCCCAAUCUUGGAGUCUGACUACUUGGGAUGAGAUGACCGUCAAGAUAACAGACUUUCCUCUGGAUAUUAAUGGCCAUCCAGCUCACGACCUCUUCGGUGAUUGCUCGUUAUAUCUUUUAUAUACAGCCGGUCAUGCGGUAGGCCACCUCUCAGCAUUGGCUAGGAUAACUUCUCGUUUUAGCGAUGUUUAUGUUGGUGAUACUUUUAUAAUGCUGGGCGGGGACUGUUGCCAUCAUAUGGCCCAGAUAGGGCCUUGUAAUAGAUACCCGUUACCGUAUGAUGUGAAUUUCAGGUUCCACGCCACUUUAGAGAGAUAUCUAUAUGAUAAACGUGAUACGACUGGUAGUAUCGAAUCUAUUACUCAUCACCAGGGCCGUGAUGUGCCUUUGAUGAGGCUACAGAAAGCUAAGCAGCUCGAGCAGGAGCCAUCUCUAAAUGGCUUUUUGAUCCUGCUCCACUGGGGUCGUUACGAUAUACCUGAAUCCCAUGUUACUGUGCUUGGUUGCACACUCUGGUCAAAAGUCCCAGAUGCAGCACGGGAUAUUGUUUCAACUAAAAUUCAAGAUUUCAAGAAGAUUGAAGACUGA